GCUCAGACUAGUCUCGCUCAGUUUCUUCAGCACCUCUUCAGUAUCCUGAGUGCACGCGCAGGUUUAUUGUCACUUUAAAUAAAGCAAUCAGCCAUGGGAAAGGAGAAGCUCCACAUAAACAUUGUUGUCAUCGGCCAUGUGGACUCUGGGAAGUCCACCACGACCGGCCACCUCAUCUACAAGUGCGGUGGAAUUGACAAGCGUACGAUUGAGAAGUUUGAGAAAGAAGCUGCAGAGAUGGGAAAGGGCUCUUUCAAGUACGCCUGGGUGCUGGACAAACUCAAAGCAGAGCGAGAGAGAGGAAUCACCAUCGACAUUUCCCUGUGGAAGUUUGAGACCAGCAAGUACUAUGUCACCAUCAUUGAUGCUCCAGGACACAGGGACUUCAUCAAAAACAUGAUCACUGGAACCUCCCAGGCCGACUGUGCCGUACUGAUUGUGGCAGCUGGUGUAGGGGAGUUUGAGGCUGGGAUCUCCAAGAACGGUCAGACCAGAGAGCAUGCUCUUCUGGCUUACACAUUGGGUGUGAAGCAGCUUAUUGUGGGAGUCAACAAGAUGGAUUCCACCGAACCUGUAUAUAGCCAGAAGCGUUAUGAGGAAAUUGUGAAAGAAGUCAGCACUUACAUUAAGAAGAUUGGCUAUAAUCCUGACACAGUGGCGUUUGUGCCAAUCUCUGGUUGGAAUGGAGAUAACAUGCUUGAAGCCAGUCCCAACAUGACGUGGUUCAAGGGUUGGAAGAUCACCAGGAAAGAAGGUAAUGCGUCUGGAACUACUCUUUUGGAGGCUCUGGACGCUAUCCAGCCUCCAACACGUCCCACUGACAAACCCCUCCGGCUGCCCCUUCAGGACGUCUACAAGAUUGGAGGCAUUGGAACCGUCCCUGUGGGGCGUGUGGAGACUGGCAUCUUAAAGCCAGGCAUGGUAGUGACCUUCGCCCCUGUCAACGUGACAACUGAGGUCAAGUCGGUGGAGAUGCACCAUGAAGCUCUUUCAGAAGCCUUGCCAGGGGACAAUGUUGGCUUCAAUGUUAAGAACGUUUCCGUCAAGGACAUUCGUCGUGGCAACGUCGCUGGAGACAGCAAAAACGAUCCACCCCAGGAGGCGGCCACCUUCACUGCUCAAGUGAUUAUCUUGAACCACCCAGGGCAGAUCAGUGCUGGCUACGCUCCUGUGCUGGAUUGCCACACUGCGCACAUCGCCUGCAAGUUUGCAGAGCUGAAGGAGAAGAUCGACCGUCGCUCUGGGAAAAAGCUUGAGGAUAACCCCAAGAGCCUCAAGUCAGGUGAUGCGGCCAUUGUUGAGAUGAUUCCUGGGAAGCCCAUGUGUGUGGAGAGCUUUUCGGAGUACCCUCCCCUGGGUCGCUUUGCUGUGCGUGACAUGCGUCAGACGGUUGCGGUGGGAGUGAUUAAGGGGGUGGAGAAGAAGGCCCCGACGACCGGAAAGGUCACCAAAUCCGCUCAGAAGGCCCAGAAGGCCAAAUGAAUGUUGUGUUUGACUGUCAACUCCAGAGACACAUAUGGAAAAACAGUGGCCAUCCAACUCUUCUAUCCUAUUGGCUGUUUAGGUUCUAUAGUCCGAGACUGCUUAAUUGUUCCAAUGCAUCGCAAAAGUAUCCGAAGGAAAAAAUAAUAACAGAGCAGUCCUUUAAAUCACUCGAUUUGUAUGUUGACCGUUAACUCUACAAGAUGCAACGUAGUGUUUUUGUUCAAUUAGUGCUUUUCUCUUCAGUGAUGGCUGUUAAAACCAUAUGUGAUCGUAAAAUCUUGAUCUCUCUUGCUCUGGAGUGCAGUUCAGCCUGGUUCUCAAUUUGUUGUCUUUGCUUGUUUUAGUGAUUGUUUGCCAUGUGUGUUUAGUAUCCACUGGUAGUAAGCUACUUAAAACGAUUCAGUAGACUUUGAGAUCCUGUAUGUUUAGCUUUGCAGAACAACAUAAAUGUAAAACAAAGCAUUCUCUAAAUCAGCCCACAUCUGGGCCAAUGCAAUUCUGAGCACUGAUAGCUUUAUGUUUAGCACUUUGGCGUAUGCUAACCCCGCACAAGCACUUGACUUUAAUUGGCAUUAGCUAUUUUGCACCUUAUACAAAAUGAAAAGCUUUCUUGUCAUAUUAAAGUUGUCUCAACCAUGA